AUGGUGCUGAAGGGUUGCCUGCAAGACAACACCGAGUACAUACACCGAGGAGACUUAGUAAGCUACCCCAAGACGCCCGACCCUGGCCAAUCAUGUCUCAAUGGCAUUAACCACAACGCAUACUCUCGCCCUCCUCGUCCCUUCAUGUGCGAAACCACUCCGCCCGAGCACACCGCGAACCUCGGGCCGAGCGAAGCACCAAACCUCGGGCCGAGCAAGCGCCGAACCCUCGGGCCGAGCGAAUUCCCGAAACCUCGGGCCGAGCAUACGGCCGAAGUCUCGGGCCGAGCAUACGGCCGAAUCCUCGGGCCGAGCAAACGGCCGAACCCUCGGGCCGAGCAAACGGCCGAAUCUCGGGCCGAGCGAACAACCGAAGUCUCGGGCCGAGCGAACAACCGAAGUCUCGGCCCGAGAGAGAGCAUCCUUUCGCCGGGCGGACAGACAAGCGGGUCGCUGUGCCCAAUUAUGGUCUUGGUGGCGAUGAAAACACCUCAUUUCGUAUAG